AUGCGGGCUCGGACCUUCUGCGCCCCCUACUCCCCCCACCCCUCCCCUCCCGGAUGUCCUGACAGCGGGCCUUGGGGCAGCAGGAUGACAGCUCCUGAUGAGGACUACGGGCGGCGGGAGCGGUUCCUGCUGCACCACGCCCACCAGUACCUGCCGCCCCCGUCCCCCGCCCACGCCCUCGGAGACCGCUACAUCCCGCCCCCGGCGCCCGGCGAGCGCUACAUCCCGCCCCCGGCGCCGGGCGAGCGCUACCUGCCGCCCCCGGCGCCGGCCCCGGCCGACCGGUACGCGGACCGCUACCGCCAGGCGCCGGCGGCGGCGACCCCCGGCGGGCCCGGCGACCCGUACAUGCGGCGAGACCUCGGCUACCACCACCACUACCGGCUCCCGUACCACGGCCACCAGUACCACCCGCACUACCUGCUCCACGCGCACGCGCGCGCGCCGCACCGGCCCGCCGCCGCCUACCACCACGCGCACCAUGGGCCCGCGCCGUCUCCCAGCCGCGCGCACCGCCGCUGCUGCCCCUCGCCCAGCCACUACCCGGGCCCGCCCGCCCCCACCACGCCCACCUCCUGCCCGCGCGCGCCGCCGCCGCCGCCCCAAGCCGCCGCCGCCUCCAGCCCGGUGGAGUACGUGGGCGCGAGCGGCGGCCGACACGUGUCCACGCCGCCGCCGGCCGCGCAGCUGCCCCGCUGCAGCAGCAUGAGCAGCUGCGAGGCGGGCGGCGGCGCCGGGGGCGGCUGCGACCCGGGCUCCACCGUGUCGCUGUGCUGCGGCAGCGGCCGGCGCUUCGGCGAGCCGCCCCCGGCGCCGUCGCUGCCCGCGCUCUCCGCGCCGCACCACGCCGCCGCCGCCGUAAUCUGGAAACAAAAGUAUCCCUUGCGGCCCCUGAGGAAUGGUUGGGGGUACGAGGGAGGGAAGGGGGAGAGUCUGCCCUGGGGAGAUACUUCAUGA